AUGGUCGCUGCCGUUGACGAGGGCAUUGCAAAAAUCAAUGCAGCUUUGAGCAGCGUCGGCAUGCUGGCAAACUCUGUUGUCAUCGUGACUGGAGAUAAUGGAGGUGCCAUCGAUGAGUGCUUGCCCAACGGAGCGUCGAACUACCCCUUGAGGGGUGGCAAGUGCAGCGUCUGGGAGGGCGGGGCGCGGGCCACGGCGCUGGUUUAUGCACCGGGAAGGGCCCCGCAAGGCUUCGUGUUCCCUGGCCUCUUUCAUGCCAGCGACUGGCUGCCGACGAUCAUGGAAGGCCUUGUCGGAGUUGAAGUCAAGGGCACCAAGCCCCUAGAUGGUCUCAACCUUUGGCCUGCCCUGGUUCACAAUGCGUCGUCAGCCCGGAGUGACAUCUUCUACGGGAUCGCCGAUCAUGCAGUUGGAUUCCAUGGACCGGCGUUGCGGACGGCGGAUGGAUGGAAGCUGAUCCUGAAUGGCGCCGGUGGAAGCGGCAGGUGGUCGCAUGCAUCCCGGCUGCUCGCAGAUGCACCAGUUGCCGACGCAGCUUCGGCACAAAAGAUCUAUCCGAAGAUCUUCGACUUGAAUGCAGACCCCUCCGAGAGGAACGAUCUGAGCCAAGACCGGCCCGACGUCUUGGCGCGCCUGAGCCAGCUGCUGUUCCACUACCAGCGGUCUGCGAGACCCCAGGCGCUUUUCACGCGGAGCAAGGAAGAAGCCCAGAAGGCGAAUGGCUUGGGCCAUGGUGCUGAGCUCGAGCCGGCCUUCGUCCUCCGUGUCCUCCGUGGCUUUGAGAAGUUUCCGUGGGCGCACGGACAGCGCAUGACCGCGCGCUACUGUGCACUGAACUUCAGGCCACUCAAGGCCGCCGGGCGCUUCAUCCACAAGUCCGCACCCAUUGCGCCGCUGCUGCAGGUGCUGGGGCCGAUCAUCCGAGGUUUCCAGCAGCCUCUGGGAGAGGUGCAGAAGAAGCUCCUCUUUGACACGCUCAUACCACUGCACAAGCCGAACGAGUGGCUGCUGUGGGACAGGCAGACUCCUAUGAUCUCGAUGUAUCACAAGGAGCUCGUCCACUGCGUGCUGCUCAUCUUGGAGAAAGAGCCAAAGCUGGCCAACAAGUGUGUUGAGGCCAUCUGCUCUCAUUUCCCUCCUUCGCAUGAGUCGAAUACUCCAAAGGAAGUCCUGCUCAUCCACGAGCUUGCAGAAAUCUUGAAGGUCCUUGAUCCUGUAGACGCCAGAGGCUGCAUGCCUCAGCUGCAGAGGCACAUUCUACGCCUACUGACAUCGCACAAUAGCCAGACGCUGCAGUCGGUGCUGCAGUUCUGGAAGGACGAGCGGGUGUCGAAUCUACUCAGCAACUUUGCGGAUGCCCUGAUCCCGGGUAUGCUGCCGCUCCUCGUGCGAGACGGGGAAGUCUUCUGGAACCCGACAGUGAACAAGAUGACCUGCCUGGUUUUGGAGAAGCUGGAAUCUGCCAGCCCAGAGGUGCUUGUGAUCAUCGGCCUGCUGCUGGGUCCACGCUGCGGGGGCCAGGACGUGCCUCCGCAUGCACAUGGAGAUGCUUCUGAGGACGUGGCGUGCCGGAGCUCCGAGUUCGGGAUCUCUUGGCUGCGUGUUCGGAGAGACCUGGAGGUUCUUUAUGAGUUGCCGCUCGACGUCCCGCUCCGUGUGCCUCACAUUCUGAGGCAAGGGACCGUGGGUGCACUCCUGCAAGAUCCUGGCAUCGCCCAGGUAGCCAAUCAUCUUCCAGCCUCCCGAUGUGUUGUAGGUAGCAUUUCGCUGCGUCUGCUCCUGUGCCUCUCCUCUCCUGCUUCUGCGUUGUGCGACCCAGCUUCCCUUGAGGACGACGCUCUUGUGGCCCUCGGGCUCCGGGGGAGGCCUGGAAGUCGACCAAUUGGAUUGGAGGCGACACUCCGAUCGGGCUGGCCGACGCUGAGGCUCAUCCACCUCUACGUGUCAUGGCUGCGUGAUGCGAAGACCGAUGCGGGUCGUCGGGCUGACGCGUGGUCCGUCGAGAUGAGUGUUCGGCUCCUUCAGGGGGCCCUGAUGCCGAAGUCUCCAUCCCUUGUGGACCAAUGGCAGGAGGAGGCUGGCCUGCUCCAUGCUGCUGUGGAGAUUGCGAGCCGCAGUGCCCACUACGAGGCUUGCAAAGGAUUUGCAGAGCGGCCGUCAUGCCCUUAUCGCCCUCCUUUCGAUGUUGUGCUAUGUGGGCAAGGCCUUGGUUCAUUAGCCAUUCGACCGGCCUCAAACACCUCCCAGUGUUUGGACGUCAUGUCCGAGGAUUUUGCCAACAGGAAUUUGAUCCAUGUUUCGAAGUGCCAGCUAGAUCGCGGCGCCAAAGCUCAGCGCUUCCUCGUUCCUGAGGACAAAGGCCAGAUCAGGCUGGCGGAGCUCCCGAAGAAGUGCCUGGACGUCCGAGGUGGUGAGGCUGAGAGGGGAACUCCACUUCAGCUUUACGACUGUGUCUCGACGGCCACAGGAGUGCACCCAAAUCAAAGGUUUGUCAUCCCCGGCCGCGAUGGCCAGGUUCGCUGGGCAAAGCACCCGCGCUUGUGCCUCGCAGUUUCGGCCGGGAAUCUGGUCCUGGAUCUUUGUGAUCAGCCAGGUUCACAUCACCAUUUUCUGCUGCCUUCGCCAGCACAUCCCCAGCUCUGCAAAGAAGGCCUGGACCAGGGCAACGCUGGCCCAGGUGCCCCCCUGCUGGCCGCGGCGGCCGCGCUGGCCGCCUUGGCGCUGAGGGGCCUGACGAUGCCCGUGGACACUGGCAGCUGCGCCGGCGCCGAGCGUCUUUGCGCAGCUGCGCUACAGAAGCCAGGCCGAGAAGGGCUCGAGCAGAUGUGGCAGGAGGCCGAAUCCGCGCUGCUCGCGGGCCUCACCCUUGAGGAAGCCCCUGCUCUGGAGACGUUGUCGCGCGUGCCAUGGCCACUGCCAGAGCUCCUGGCUGCCGCCUCCCGCACGCGAAGCCGCGUGCAGGACAUGACAGCCGAGCAAGGCGGCAUCUGUGCCUGUGACCUGAGCCUCUGGCCAGUGCAGGAGGCCCGCGCUGUAGCGGCCGCCCAGAAGGUGUUGGAGGACAUCAACAACAGCCCGAAGACCGUGGAGGCGUUGUACGAGGUCUUGGAGUCUCCAAGCGCGUCCGCCGCCUGCAGCAGCGCCUGGGAUGCCAGGCUUGCCGCUGCCGAGCGCCUAGUUGCUGGGCUCUGGGGGCUGGAUCCAGAUCUUCCCAUGGAGGAGCUCCAGGCACGGCAGUUUCAGGCCAUGACCCAAAGCACGGAGCAGGAGAGACUCUGCAAGACGGCAAGGGCCGAACAUGACGACCUCAGGGCGAAGAGCCGCAGUCAACAGGAUCGCCUCUUUCGCCAGACCCUGCGCGAGCCACUGCGCGAGCCACUGCGCGAGCCAGUGGACGCGGCCGCGCAGCGCCGCACGCCCAAGGCCACGGCACUGGGCCGCUGGGCUGUCUUCCUGGAGGAUGUCCGCGUACCUUGGAUCUCCGCCGAGCGCGCCAAGAUCAAUGCUUGGCGACGAGCACAGACGGCGAGACAUCAGAAGGAGGAAUCUGGGGGCGAAGGUCUGCAAGACAGCAACAACUGA